CCUCAUAGAAGAAGAAGAUGGGAAAUGUAGUUUAGAUGCGGAGUCUGGGGUCGCCAUCAUCACGCGUGGUUUUCCCCCGAUGUUCAACCAGUGACGAUAUCCGCAGGCAUUAGGUGUUUGUUUUACGAAGAAGUACUUGAAGUCGAUUUGCCUUUGUUUCGAUUGUCGUCUUAUUUAGGUUUUUUGCAAGUGUAUUUGCUUCCAUUCAUCGUCUCCGUUCGCGGGGAACUCAGAGAGGAGCCAUGUACAACGGCAUUGGCCUGACCACGCCACGAGGCAGCGGCACCAACGGCUAUGUGCAGCGCAACCUGUCGAGCGUGCGGGCAAAGCGUCCACGGGACGAGCGUGGCGGCGAGCGAGAUGAGAAGGACCGUGAGAGGCUGGAGAGCCAGCUGAAUCGUCAGCCCAACGCCGAGAUCCUGGAACACCAGAGAAAGCGGCAACUGGAGGUCAAGUGUGCAGAGCUGCAGGACAUGAUGGAAGAGCAGGGGUACUCCGCUGAGGAGAUUGAAGAGAAGGUGAACAGCUUCCGCAUGAUGCUGCAGGAGAAGCAGGAGCCGCCUUCGGCCCCCACCGAGAGACCAUCGGCGACAGAGACUCACGCCCUGGCUGCAGCCAAUCAGCAGAAGAACGACCGGCUAAAGGCGGCGUUCGGCAUCGCCACGGACUAUGUAGAUGGCUCCUCCUUCCAUCCGGAGCGCAAGGAGCGAGAGAAGGAGAAGAGGGAGCAGGAGAAGCUGGAGCGGGAGAAGCAACAGCAGCAGAAAUAUGCGCUGGUAGAAGAGUCAGAGGACUCGGACUCCCCGGCCCGAAAACAGAGCCGCAAGAAAAAAAGGAAGAAAAACAAGAACAGAGACAGCUCAGAGAGCCCUUCCCCCUCUCCUCGACGGGUGAAAAAAACUAAAAAGAAGAAAAAGAAAAGGGACGGGUCGGAAGAAAAGGAUGACAAAGAUAGCUCCUCAGACGAGAAGCAGGCGUCUAAGAAAAAACGCAAGAGAAGUGAAAAUGAGACUCCGCCCCAGAGUAAGACACGGCGCCAUAGGAGUGGGUCCUCCAGCUCUGCUCACAGCCAAUCCCCUGCCCCGCUGAGAGAGAGGCAGAAGAACCAGCCUGUCAAGAGAGCAGAGGGGAGAAAGGGGCUAUCUCCUGACAGGAGGGGGCGUGGUCGCGAUGACGGGAGUCCACAGCGUUCGGGAGGCAGAGCGAGAUCUCCCAGGUAUCCCAGCUCCCCUGAACGCCGACCGAGGGCAGACAAGGAACGGGAGAAGGAGCGACUGAAGGACAAAGAGAAAGGAAGAGAGAAGGAGCGUGAGAAAGUGAAGCCUACGAGAAUGAGACACGACUCCUCUUCCCCCUCUCCUCCUCGACUGGAACGAGAGAAAGCCAGGCGCUCCAGAAGUGGAGAGAGGGAGCGAGAGAAGGAUAGAGGAAAGGAGAGAACAAUGCUGCAGAGGAGCAGACACGACUCUUCAUCCCCCUCUCCACCCCCGAAACAACUGGACACCAGGAAACAGAGGAGCGGAAAGGACAAACCACUAAGACGAGACUCCUCGUCUCCAUCUCCAGAAAGAGAGGGAGCAAGGAGAGGAAGGAGUGGAGAGGGGGAGCGAGGAAAGGAAAGAAAUGCCCGAGCCCCAGCUGACAGAGAGAGGGGGAGAGGGAGUGAGAAAGAAGGAUCUCCCCCUAGUCGGAAAAGUGAUGGCGGGAGAGGUAGAAACUCAUCCCGCGACUCCACAUCCCCUGUCCCUCAGUCACCUCUCACCAACGGACGACAGAAAGAAAGGGAGCACGAGGGAAGGAGGGGGAAAGAGAGGAACCCGGAGGAGAGGGGGAAAGAGAGGAACCCGGAGGAGAGGGGGAAAGAGAGGAACCCGGAAGAGGGAGAGAGGAACCCGGAGGAGAGGGGGAAAGAGAGGAACCCGGAGGAGGAAGAGAGGGGGAAAGAGAGGAACCCGGAAGAGAGGGGGAAAGAGAGGAACCCGGAAGAGAGGGGGAAAGAGAGGAACCCGGAAGAGAGGGGGAAAGAGAGGAAACCGGAAGAGAGGAAACCGGAGGAGAGGGGGAAAGAGAGGGAAUUGAGCAAAGAGAGGGAGAAACAAGAGGAGCAGAGGAAGCGGGAGAGCGAAAGGGAAAAAGAGAGGGAGCGAAACCGAGAUGGAGGGCCAGAGCGCGAGAGGUCCGGCAGACUUUCUUCUACCCAACAACAUCCGUCUAUCUGUUUGUCUGAAGACCUCCGCGUGGAGCGAGAGGGUGAGGGGGAGAGGAGGGACAGGGAGAGAAAAAGACAAGUGGAGGAGGACAGCAGGCGGGAGAACAGAGACCGAAGCCUGCCGGAAAAGGAGCGAGAGAAGGAGUUGGAGAGGGCAAAGGAAAGAGAGAAGGAGAAAGCAAAGGAGAGCAGCAGUAGCAGCGGGAGUGACAGCGACAGCUCUUCCUCAUCCUCCGACUCAUCAUCAUCCUCCUCCUCUUCUUCCUCGUCCUCCGAGGGAGAGAAGAAAAAGGGAACAGUGGUGAAGAGCGGCCCAGUGAAAAAAGCCCUCCCCGCUCUCAUCUCCCCUCCCGCUGUAGGUGCUGCCUUCCAGAGGUAUCUGGCCAAUGGGGGCAGAGAGAGCGCUUCAGAGAGUGAUGGACAGAGAGCUACCGGGAGAGAGAAGGAACGUGAGAAAACAGGAGGGGACAGGUUCAUGCUCUCUGAAAGGGAAAACCCGCCCCCUGCUCCCCAAAAAGCACCUGUCUCCCAACUCCCCCCUGCUGCAGAGCGCUACCCCCCAACAGACAGAGAGAAGGAGCGAGGGAAGGGACAGGAGAGGUACAGCCCCACCGAGGUAGAGAGCUCCAGCCCUCCACCCUCUCCUCCCAGAAGAGGAGCCCCCCAAGGCGGAGGCGAGAGGUACUCCCCCACUGAAGUGGAAAGAGAGAAGGAGCGAGAGAAGGAGAGAGAGGGAGGGGUGAAGAGCCAAGCCAGGAGGGCAGAGCGCUACAGCCCCUCUGAGCAGGAGAGAGAGUGGGAGAGGAGGAGGGCGCCCUCCCCAAAAGCCCCCGCAGCAGCAGUUGUCCCGCGGCCCUCCCCCCCUCGCCGCACCCCCCCACGGCAGUACCAGGACCCCCCCACUUGCUCCCCCAGCCCCCGACGACAAGCCGCCACCCGGAGAGCCUCCCCUCCGUCCCGCUCCCCGACUCGCCACUACGCCCCACGGCGGAGCCGCAGCCGGGAGCUAGAGCACAACCGAGAGAGGCAGAGAGCGAGGGAUAGAGGAGGGAGGGAUCGCUCCAGAGACAGAGGAGCCAGGAGGAGCAGGUCGAGGAGUCCCAGAAGACGCAGUCCCCUCUACAGGUCCCGGCGAUCCCCCUCUCCCGUUCGACAAAGGAGAAGCAGCCACUCGCUAUCCAGAGAAAGGCAGAGACACCAGGAGAGAGAGAAGAAUAGAGAGCUGGAGAGAGCGAGGGAAAAAGAGCGGCAACGUGAAAAAGAGCAAGAGAGGCGAGAGCGCCAACCUCUUAAAGAAGUCCCCCCACCCCGUCGCUCUCCCUCUUCCUCUUCUGGUUCUUCUUCUUCCUCAUCCCCCUCUCCGGCCCGAGAGAGAAAGGAGCCGCCUGUAGAAAAGGUGAUGAAACCGACGGUAGAGAAAGACCGAAGAGGUGAUAGAGAGGAGCGAGAGAAAGGGGGAGACAGAGGUAGGAAGGCUUGUUCCAUCUCCUCACCGCUCCCAUCCAAGGAGACCAGUCCCCUUCCCAGCCAGUCAGAAAUCAGAGCCCACCCCAAAGAAACACGGCACUCUGACCCGCCCCGCUCCAGGUCGCCACAGGCCCUCAGCCAUUCAGAGACCAGAGUCUCUCUACGAGGUACCUCGAGGACCCAAUCACCUGCGGUGCUCCCCUCACGCGGCUCUGCCCACCCCACAGACCGACCAGUCAGGACUGAAAACGGUGUGAGCGAGAAGGGGGCCAAAGAGAAAAAGAAAGGAAAGAUGGGCAGCGCCAGCUCAUCAUCAUCAUCAUCAUCCUCCUCCUCCUCAUCUUCCUCUUCGUCUUCAUCAGACAGUUCUGACUCUGAUGCAGAGCAAGGAAAAGCAGGUGCCAGGAUAGCGGCUGCCCAUAGCACUUCCUCCUCCUCGUCGUCCUCAUCAUCCUCUUCUGAAAGCGAGAAGGAAGACAAGAAAAAGAGCCCGGCGCGACCUCACAGAGUUCCAGCUGAUUCGCUGAGAGACUCGCGCUCCCUCAGCUACUCUCCACCCAGACAGAGGCGACCUGCACAUUCCCCACCCACCCGCAGGAGUGGCAGCAGGCAGUCCCCAAGCCGAUCUCCAAGCAGUAGGAGAAGAAAAUGACCCUUCACUCUGAAAUGUAACUGUAACUUUCCCUCCCCCUCAAUCCUCAGAUUUUUCCUAAACACUUCUGGGCUGGUUUGAACUGGACUGUACCAUUGGAUAUUAUAGGGAGGGGGGGGGGGGGGGAGUUAAGGACAUUUGAUCUGUGAAUGACCGAGUGAAUUAAGCUUUGUUGUUGAUUCUGUGGCAUGAGGAUAGCACCACAGGAAGAGAGAGGCAGAAUUUGAAACCCAACAGAGACCAAGAGGUCUGCUUUUAGUCAAGGGUUUCUGUACAUUUUGUUUUAUGCUGUACUGUAAGGAAGACAUGUAACUGUAAAUGGUAGGUGAGAGUCCGUGAUAGGAAAGUAACCUCUGUGCAGACCCAUACAGACUGGAAUGAAGCAUUCCAGAAUCAAAACACACACAGCGUGCACACACACACACACAGUCCUAUUAAAUUAUCUCACAACAACAAAGUAACGUUCACUUGCGCUUUUUCUGCCCCUCUGUAUUUGCGCGUUCUACAUGUAGAUAUGACCCAUCUGUAUUUUGGUUAUCGCCGAAUGGAUUACGUGCUGUUUCCAUAUAUGUUGACUAGAAACUGCAACUCUUGGUUUGUUUCUCUUUGUGAAAAUAAAAAGUUGUAUCUUCA